CUUUGGCAGUUUUCACGGGUUCGAAACAAAUGAUUCUCAAAGGUUCCAAACUAUGGUUCUAAAGCCCAUCGUCGGGCUUCGAAUCUGCUAGUUCUCUUCCGGGAUUGAGAGGACUACAAACUGAACAGCUCGAUUCACAAAAGGGAAGAAAGUGCACGCAAACUUUAUUGGUUUCGCGUGGCGGUGGAUUUUUCAAAAUGGUGCGCGUGUGUGCUUAUCCUGGAUGCUUCAACCAAGAGAAAUCCGUGAGACUCCGUAAUUGGGCGUCAAAGCAAGAGGAAAGUUUGACUUUUCACACAUUGCCCCUGCACGAUCCAGAAAGAUUGAACCUGUGGCUGAUCGCCCUUCGUCGAGAUACAGGAGCACCAGUCCAGUCCAUCCGAGGAUUGAGGGUCUGCAGCCAACAUUUUGUACCGUCCGAUUUCAGUGUAGCCAAGGGAAAUAAAAGGCGUUUGAGUUCAACAGCUGUACCUAAGAUACAACAACGUGCCGAGCAGGCAUUGCCUCGGAUCAGUAAAGUAGUUAAGACGGUUCAGCGAAUUGUUAGCCAAAUCACCCCAAUGGCUCAGAACUGCACUGCGUCCUCCACACAGAAAGAUGGUGCUGUCACAGCAGCUAUUCUCAUCAUAGGAGAUGAGAUCCUCAAGGGUCACACUGUCGACACUAAUAGUGCUUUCCUGUGCCGUGGACUUCGCAAGCUUGGCGUCACCGUAGAACGAAUCACUGUUGUACCUGAUGUCCAGGAAGUCAUUGCUAAAGAAGUGGCACAGCUUUCCUCCGCUGUUACUCACCUCAUCACAUCCGGUGGCAUCGGUCCCACUCAUGACGAUGUCACAUUUGAGAGCGUUGCAAUGGCAUUUGGCGAAGGUCUGCAUGCUCACCCUGAACUGACAAAGCUAGUGGAGGGGUUCUUUGGCCCAGACACUCCCAGUAGUGCCCAAAUGAAGCUUGCCACGGUUCCAGUUUCAGCCAAACUCAAUUUUGGCAUAGACCCUCAGACAGGCCAGCGAAAUCGUUUCCCUCUUGUCAGUGUCCACAACGUAUACAUAUUUCCAGGCAUCCCCUCUCUGCUGGAAAAGUCUUUCAAUGGACUGGCCCAUCUGUUUUCAGGUUCUGGGACCACCUUUCACACCCGUGAGGUGUUUGUGGAUGCAGAUGAGACUGAUAUUGCCCAGUGUCUAACAAAACUGCAGGCAGAUUGGGGCAAGCGUGUCUCUCUGGGCUCUUACCCAGACUGGCUUAGUAAUUAUCACCGUGUCCGAUUAGUUUUGGACUCUGGCAGUGCGGAAGAGGUGGAACGAGCAAGAACUCAAUUGAUAGAAGAGCUACCUGAAAGAUCUGUGGUUCCUCUCAUCAUUGACCCAGUGUCAGUCGCAGCUGAAGAGGUGUAUGCACUCUCGAAAAGCGAGACGAUGCUGGGGAAGAAAGUAGCUGCAGGAUUGGGGACCAUUGAGAUGGCGAUGGAUAAAUACUUGACUAAUGAAAUCUGUGUCGGCUUCAAUGGUGGCAAAGACUGCACAGCUCUACUGCAUUUAUAUUAUGCUGCUCUGAAACGGCGGUAUCCAGAUAGUAAAGACAGAUUGAAAGCUUUGUACAUUCGAAUUGUCUCUCCUUUUCCAGAAAUGGAGAGGUUUUUGCAGGAUACAAUUAAAAGAUAUGACCUGGAGUUGUUCUCUGUGGAGGGCAGUAUUCGGCAGGCUCUGCAUGAGGUCCAGGAAAGGAGGCCAGAUUUAAAGGCGGUUCUGAUGGGAACGAGACAGACUGACCCUUACUCGCACACGCUUACACCCCUCUGUCCCACAGACCCGGGCUGGCCUGAAUACAUGAGGGUCAACCCACUGUUGGAAUGGUCAUAUCAUGACAUCUGGUCGUUCCUCAGAACCUUGUAUGUGCCCUACUGCAUUCUGUAUGACAAAGGAUACACUUCUUUAGGCAGUAUGGAUAACACAUGCAGGAAUCCAUCUCUUAAAGUGGUGGACGAGAGAGGGGUGACUCGCUACAAACCUGCCUACAAGCUGGAAAAUGAGGAGGAGGAACGCAACUCAAGGGCAUGACUC